AUGUCGGACGGUUACUCUUCGACUCCAAGUCAAAGGAAGCCUUCUGCACAACGUAUUGCAGAGGCAUCUUAUAAGCGAACUCUUACCCGGCUCGACAAGAUACAGCAACACAUUGCCGAUACACCUAGAGCCAACAAGUUGAAGGGUAAAGUAGCCAUUAUUACAGGUGUUGGAUCUUUAAAGGGGAUUGGUCGUGCUGCUGCUUUAUUGUUUGCUCAUCAAGGAGCAAGACACCUAUACCUUAUUGAUUACGUUGAAGAUAACCUACCGAAUUUGAAAGAAACUAUCGAGUCCAAGUACUCAGACGUAAAGGUGACGACGAUCCAAGCCGAUGCUGCUGAUGACAAAGCGAUCUCCAGUCUCUGUGCGAGAGCUAUCCUUGAGGAAGGUCGAUUAGAUGUAUUCUUCGCUAACGCAGGAAUAGCUACGGGUACCCACAUAUGGGAUACAGAUGCUGCGACGUUCGAAAAUACAAUGAGGGUUAACGCUUUAUCAGCAUUCCUUGCGCUAAAAUAUGGUUCGGCGGCGAUGAAGAAACUUAGUGACGAUAAAUCAGAUAGUUGGGGGAGUAUCAUCAUGACUGCUUCGGUUGCUGGACUUCGUGCUGGUGCAGGCUCAGCAGAUUAUAGUUCUAGCAAAGCAGCUGUCAUAUCUCUGGCUCAACUAGGCGCAUCCCAACUUCCCGAUACCAACAUUCGCGUCAAUGCCUUAUGUCCCGGUUUGAUCGAGACGGGGAUGACGACGAGUACAUUUGAUUAUGCUCGUGCCAAGGGGGUUGCUGGGAAGAUUGGGCAGUUGAAUCCUCAACGUCGAUUUGGCAUGUCUGAAGGUAUUGCUCAAGUUGCGCUCUUCCUGGCUAGCGACGAUUCGAGCUAUAUCAAUGGACAAGCAAUUGCCGUCGAUGGAGGGCUCAGCGCGUCCCACCCAGUGGCGUUAGGAAAGAUGUGGUGA